AUGACCUUCUGUCACGUGGACGGGUUACAGGCGGCGAUGAUCAUGGCCGCGAUGUGGCGGAUCCUCGCGCUGCUGGCGGCGGCGGCGGCGGCGAGCGCGAGCGGGAACGGGAGCGCGCCCAAUAUCAUCAUUUUACUGAUGGACGACAUGGGAUGGGGCGAUCUUGGUGUCUAUGGAGAACCUUCAAGAGAGACUCCUAACCUGGACAGAAUGGCCGCUGAGGGAAUGCUGUUCCCAGAUUUCUACGCUGGCAACCCGCUCUGCUCCCCGUCCCGCGCAGCACUGCUGACCGGCCGCCUUCCUCUCAGGAAUGGUUUCUACACAACCAACGCUCACGCCCGCAAUGGAUACACACCACAGGAAAUCGUGGGAGGAAUCCCUGGUUCAGAAAUUCUCUUGCCAGAACUCCUGAAAAAGGCAGGAUAUUCCAGCAAAAUCGUUGGGAAAUGGCACCUGGGGCAUCGUGCCCGGUUCCAUCCCCUCAGGCACGGCUUUGAUGAAUGGUUUGGAGCACCGAACUGCCACUUUGGGCCGUACAACAACAAGGAUAGACCCAACAUUCCUGUCUACAACAAUUCCGAGAUGCUGGGGAGAUACUAUGAAGAGUUCCAGAUUGACCGAGCAACUGGGGAGUCCAACCUCACCCAGAUCUACCUGCAGGAGGGGAUUGAGUUUAUCCGGAGACAAGUUGCACAACGCAAGCAUUUCUUCCUCUACUGGGCUGCUGAUGCCACCCACGCUCCUGUCUAUGCAUCGAAGGCGUAUCUGGGAACGAGUGAGAGAGGCUUGUAUGGUGAUGCAGUGCGUGAGAUUGAUGACAGCAUCGGGAAACUUCUGCAGGAGCUGUACACACAGGGAGUCGCAAACAAUACCUUUGUAUUCUUCACAUCGGACAACGGGGCUGCUCUCGUCUCUGCCCCCAACCAAGGGGGCAGCAAUGGUCCAUUCCUCUGUGGAAAAGAGACGACUUUUGAGGGGGGAAUGCGGGAGCCAGCCAUCGCGUGGUGGCCAGGACACAUCCCUGCGGGACAGGUGAGUUACCAGCUGGGCACAGUAAUGGACCUGUUCACCACCAGCUUGGCCCUUGCUGGGCUCCCACCACCCACAGACCGGCAGCUGGACGGCAUCGAUCUUUCUCCUGUGUUGCUGAAGGAUCAGGUCAUCGACAGGCCAGUGUUUUACUAUCGUGGUAACCAGUUAAUGGCUGUGCGGCUUGGAAUGUACAAGGCACAUUACUGGACCUGGACCAAUUUUUGGAAAGAGCUGCAGCUGGGAAUUAAUUUCUGCCCAGGACAGAGCGUGACAGGUGUUACCACCUAUGAUCAGCGGGACCACUCCAAUCAGCCACUGCUCUUCCACCUUGGUCGGGAUCCGGGGGAGAAGUUUCCCAUCAGGUUUUCCCACCAGGAGUAUGAGCAGGAGAUGAAGAGGAUUUCUCUUGUGGUGCAGGAACACCAGGCAUCCUUGGAGCCAGGCGAGCCACAACUGAACAUCUGUGACCGGGCUGUCAUGAACUGGAGUCCCCCUGGCUGUGAGAAACUUGGGAAAUGCCUGAAGAUCCCCAGCUCUGCACCAUGGAAGUGUAUCUGGCCCCACUGACACGGUGGUCAGGGCCAAGUGGAUGGGGGAAGUCGGAAUCUCAGCAACUACCCCCACCGUCCCUCAUGAUCUGUUUCAGUGUAAACUGAACUGGAACCUGGUGCACAGGGGACAUGUUGUGGGCGGCAGGGGUGACAUGAGCAGGCGGCAGCCCUUGAUCCAUCCAGUACACUGAACAGAUUACGGGCAGACUGCAGUCUCUGAUCUGUCCAGCACUGGUUGUGGAGGUGAUGGGCAGGUGGCAGCCUCUGAUCCAUCCAGCACACUGAACAAAUCACGAGCAGGAAGCAGUCUCUGAUCUGUCCAGCACAUUGAACAGAUCACAGGCAGGCAGCAGCCUCCCCAACCUUUUUUGCACCACAGACCGGUUUAAUAUUGACAAUAUUCUUGCAGACCGGCCAACUGGGUGGGGGAGGGGGGGUGUGUUCAAGUAGGGUUAAACUCACCUCAAUAUGUCUUUUACAGUUAGGGUUGCCAACUUUCUCACUCCCAAAUAAGGGACAAAAGUAGCAGUCAAAUCCCGGGACACUUGUGUUUACCCCAGGAAAGACUACCAUGACCAUAAAGCCUUGCGCGGGCACCUGUGUGCACAUGCGCGUACGUGCCGAUUUUUUUUUUCCCCACUAAUUGAUUUUGCCUUAUUCUUCCCGACUAUACUGUACAUACAUUAUUUCUACUUUAUAUAGUCUGUGUAUUUAUCAUAUCAUUCCUGCUUUUACUAUAUGUUAGUGUUAUUUCGGUUUUAUGUGUUAUUUGGUAGGUUAUUUUUUGGGUCUGGGAACGCUAAAAAAUUUUUCCCAUAUAAAUCAGUGGUAAUUGCUUCUUCGCUUCACGCCAUUUCGGCACGAAAGGUUUCAUCAGAACACUCUACAUAAGCAGGGGAAAUACGGGACAAGGGCGGUCCCGUAUGGCAGGGGUCCC